UUUUUUAAUCAACCAUGAUUGUAAACGUAGCACUAUCGUCCUCCACCAUCAAUUCUCCGGCAACAUUUCCGAUUAACCGGAGGUUGAAUGUCGCCGGACUACCGAACCCAUUUCUUCUCCACUACCGGAAAAUUAACGGGUCCAUGUUUCCUUCUUUUCUUUGGCGGAAAAUUACAGGUGGUGGGAGAAUCGUAGCUGCGGCGGACAUGGAUAAAGCAGAGAAAAAGACGGGUCCGGUGAGAAUAGUUGGGAUUGUUGGAGAGGGUAGUGUUAGCCCUCUCAAGUCUACUCCUUGGCUUGACGUCAUGCUUCACACUGCAGAGAGACUGAAAUGGGUUGAUGAAGAAUUUGAAAUGAUUGUCAUAUCUGAAGAUGAAACUGUCAACCACAUCAGCAAUGAGCUGGAUCGUGCUGACAUUUUGGUGGUCGUUGCUGUCAGAAAGGAAGGAUCAGUCAACUGGAUACAGUCUAACAGCCAGAAUGCCCCAAACAUCAUAUGCUUUGAUUCCUCUUUGGCACUGAGAAACAAGUUAGGUGGAAGUUUUGUUGAAACUAAAAAGAGGGGAGACAUAUUUAGCAGUUCACUUCCAUUCUCUCAAUCUAAGAAACUGGAUGAAUCUGUGGAGAUAACCCGAACAGUGUUUGACGCUUGGGAAAGGCAUAAUUCUGAUGACAUACGGUUCUGCUUAUUAGUUAUAAUUAAUGCUUAUAUAACACCGGUUUCAACGCUGAAGAACCUUAGAGCAAAAGGAUUCUCCACCUUGAACUGCAUGGUGACAAAUUGUGGGCCUCAGAUAUUGAACUGUCUACUGGAUCCUAACUGUAGGAAGGCACUUCAAUGCUUGAACAACUGCAGCCCUGUAGAUCAUAGUUUCGAGGGGAGAAAUUGUCUACUGAAAUUGCUGAAGACCUCUUUGUUGGUUGGUUAGGGACAUUGGAAUGGAGUUGGCGCGUUGUAGCAGGGCAGAAUCCAGCUUAUGAUCAAUUUCCAUGCCAGUACCAAUUAUUCUAUCGGGGAAAAGCUAGAGGAUCAUUCUGGUAUGAACCAGUUUUCCAGGUAAAAACACUUGAAGGAGACCUAGUCUGGAGAAGGCGUAAGUAUAGAGUGAAAAGAGGAAAAGCUACAGGAACAUUUCACUUCAGUGUAUUGGAUAAUGGAGUCGUUUCUAACGAGUUCUGGACAAUUGUGGAUGUUUCUGAUGAUUUGAGCUGGGGUCUGUUCCACUAUCAUGGAGCUGCACGAGUGGCGGGGCAGUCAUAUACUGGGGCAGUUCUUGUCAGCCCAGAUGGACAAUAUCCAGCUGAGAAGGAAAAACAAAGGUUGAUAUCUGCAUUGGAUAGAUGUGGUAUCAAAGAGUGGGAGCUAUUCAAUGUUGAUAACUGUUCAUGUGAAAAUGUACCAUUGGGGAUUCCAGAUGGCUCAAGUCUGCAUUCUAUAAUUCAAGUCAAUGAGCAGACACAUUCUUCAGUCUAGGAG